AUGGACGCGCAGCCGCCCCACGACGCGGCGCUCUCUGCGGACCGCUCGCUGCUGUCUGGAGGCAGCGACUGGAGCGCCGAGACGAGUCAGGAGCUCCUGCGGCUGCGCUUCCGACAGCUGCGCGGGCUGUUUGACGACGCGCAGACCGUCGCAGAGGUGCACGAGGCCUGGAGCGUCGUGGCGUCGACGCUGAACGCCAAGCGCGACGGGGGGCUGCGCGUGGACGCCAUCAAGUGCAGCGAGCAGCUCAUGAGGCUGCGCCAGCAGUGGCAGCAGAGCAGUGCGGCGCAGCUGCACCUGAUGAUGGCCGAGUGCUUUGGCCAGAGCGCAGAAGCGCCGCAGUCGGCCCGAAAGCACAUCAAUCGGGCGCUCGAAGGGGACUGCGCGCACGCUCCCGAGAGCGAAAGGGCGCGCACGACGGGCAGAACAGCCGGACCGCCUGACGUCGUGUCCCCGCCACGCGACCUCGUGGCGCUGACUCAAACAGAUCCGCUGUCGACUGUCGGAGCUGUGAAAGCCAACGAGUCCGAAUGGUGUGCGGGGCCGCCCGCGACAGUGCCCGAGUCUUCCAGUGCAUCGGCAAACGCACACAGUAUGGCGUCGUGCAGACCGCAGCAAGUUCGGGUGGGGUCCGAGUCAGCUCUGGCAGCUCCGCCUUUGGCGUUCGAGGCGCUGCCGGACCUGACACUGCCCGUGACGCUCAGCGCAGAAGAAGAAGAAGAAGAAGAAGAAGAAGAGUUCCCGCGACAGGACGAAAUCGCGCGAGCAAUGGAAAGACAAGCGCAGCAACUAGAGAAGCUGAGCCACGCGCACCAGUGUCUCGCUGGUGUGACGCAGCAGUUGAUGGAGGCGCUCGACACGCGUCGCAGCACUGCAUUGAGCUAA